AUGCAGCAAGGCCUCUUUGUGAUCGAAACGGAUGCAUCCGAUUUUGGUGUUGGCGCUGUUCUUUUUGCAAGAAGCGAUAUUGCCGCACUGCACAGCCAUGUCUUUGAGUACGUCAUUGAAUACCGCUCUGGCGGCGGCGAUGGAUCAUCAUCCAGUCAAGUAUUUCAGGUCUCCUUUAUCAAGCCCACACCUCCCUGGCAAAAUCGCGCUUUUGAUAUCCUUUCUCGACGUGAUGGUGCUCAUUGUCUUACCAAUGAAUCGGAUAUGGAGCCUGAGUAUCUUUAUGCAACACGCGCAAUUCAAGAAUCCGAUUGGCCAAAGUUCUACUUGCGUCCCGAAGAAAAGUGGCCAUCAUCUUAUGCUGAUUUGUUACGCAAGCAUCGUGAACAAUUUGUGGUGCGUAAUGAUAUGGUUUUUCGCAAGGUCAAGGUGAACAACACUCUUCAAGAAGUCCGCUUUGCAAUGUUCUCUCGGCGUGCUGACAUUGUACAAGAAAUCCACAAGGCUUUUGGACACCCUGGAAUGACCACUAUGCAGGAUUUGGUGCGUAAACGUUGGUGGUGGCCCAACAUGAAACAAGACAUUCAAGAAUGGAUUGCCCAAUGUUCACAAUGUCAAUUGGCUGCUGGUGCUGACCGCAAUAAUCAUCAUGCACCUAUUACAUUGACCGAAAUCGCCUGCUUUUUCUCGUUGGCAUUUGGACUUUAUUGGAGAAUUACCUACUACCACAAGUGGUAA